AUGGCAGCUCCCGGCAAUGAAUUCUUCAUCCAGAAGAAACUGUCCACGCCCGCCGCGCACCACACAUCCUUUGCGCAGCUGUGGGCCACGAAAUGGCGCAAACCCGCAGAAAUGGGCGUGUACCCGUUCAUGUUCGGCACGGCUGCGGAUUUCCUACCCAUCGUCGCAUCCCUGACUCAACGAGACGUAAAAGAGCCGUAUGACUGGGACGAAUACGCGCGGACCUUCUUCCCCACGGCGGAGAAAUUGAAAAAGGUUGCAGAGCAAGCGGAGAAAGAGGGGGAUGUGGAGAAAGCGAAGGGGGAGGGGGAUGUCGUUCCUGUAUACCACCUCGUCCCCGAGAGCGCAAAGCCCGUCCCGGCACUCAUAAUCCUCACGGGACUAGAUGGGUACCGCACUGAACUCGCCGUGUGGAUGGAAGGCUGGCGCCAAGUCGGGAUCGCGACUAUCGUGCUAGAAAUCCCGGGAACAGGUGAUUGUCCCGCAAACGCCAGCGACCCUACCUCACCGGAUCGUUUGUGGAGUAGUGUGCUGGAUUGGAUCGACGCGCAGGAAGGGUUGGACAGCAAGAAGACGGCGAUGUGGGCGUUUAGUACGGGCGGGUAUUAUGCGAUGCGCGUGGCGCACACGCAUCAUGAGCGGUUGGCGGGCGUGGUUGCGCUGGGGGGUGGGUGUCAUCAUAUGUUCGACCGCAGGUGGUUGGAUGAGGUGAAUCAUUUGGAGUAUCCGUUUGAUCUGGCGGAUACGUUGGCGUGGAAGUGGGGAUACGGGGAUGAUGUCGAGGCGUUCAAGCGUGAGGGAAUGGAGAAGUUUUCGCUGUUGAAGGACGGGACGUUGGAUAGGCCGGAGUGUGCGAGGCUGUUGCUGGUGAAUGGCACCGAGGAUGAGAUUUUUCCGAUUGAUGAUUAUUAUUUGGCGUUGAUGCAUGGGGCGCCCAAGGAGGCGAGGUUCGUGGAAGGAGUGAAGCACAUGGGCGAACCGGCGAGUUUCUUCAUCAUUUUGAAGUGGCUGUAUAAGUUGUUUGACAUUCAGGCAGACCCGGUAAAGCAGAUGCAGACGCUGCCGUUCAAGCCGAAGUAUUAG